ACAUCAUCAUAAUACUUGUAGUGCAGGUCCAGAGUCGCUGUGAGCUCUGCAGAGCAUCAAUGAUCAUCAGGGAAAUGCGUGUACAGGCAGACGGAGCCGAAUCAGACUGAGGGGAGGGACAUCAGCACAUGUAGUGAAAGUUCUUCGGAUGGUGGCGUGAUGGAGUAGCGGGACAGGAGAAAAGACUGGUGUGGACGAGGAUGUGGAGGAUAAGGAGUGGCGGGGGAAGUGGACCAGAGCAGUGCGUGGUGAAUCAACUGUGUUGGAUGCUGUGCUGAGACUGAAGGCAGCAGGAGGGAGGAGCAAGGUUAGGCCAGAUCUGCCUUCUGACGCUUGCGCUCUAAAAGACUCUCAGAUGCCUGCCAGCCAAGAUUUCUGAGUGCAGAGCCAGAUUUCUGUACAGCACACACCACCUUAAGUCCUCUUUUUGCUAAGAGUGUUUUUUCCCUCAAGAACAAUUGUAGACCAUCCCUUUCUCUUGUGAGAUCAGCAGUUUGGCAGUAAAUUUCCACUGGCGUAUGUAAGGGCGCAGGGAUGAAUCCUGAAGGUUUAUGCAUCCAAGAUGAUCCAGAUAUAAAACGGAUGAUGGCGGGAUCAACUCUGAGAAAAGUUAAGUCUCGGUCCUGGAAGAAGCAGCGCCAUUUCCGUCUGUUAGAGGAUGGCCUCACGAUCUGGUACAAGUCAAAAUGGGCUGGGAAAGGACACUCAACAUUCUCGGUGACGGAGGUGGAAGCGGUGCGUGAAGGCCAUCAGUCAGAAAUCCUGCUGAGCACUGCCGAGGAGUUUCCUGCUGACCUCUGCUUCACUCUGGUGUUUCAUGGUCGCCAAGGCAACCUGGACCUUGUGGCUGAGUCUUUAGAGGAGGCCCAGGCAUGGAUCCAGGGAGUCCGCAAGCUAAUUCACAAAGCUGAAACCAUGGAUGAGCAGGAGAGGCUGGACCAAUGGGUCAGGGACUGGUUUCAGAAAGCUGACAAAAACAAAGAUGGGAAGAUGAAUUUCAAAGAGGUGAAAAAGUUGCUCAAGAUGAUGAACGUGGAGAUGAAUGAAGAACAUGCAUACCAUCUCUUUAAGAUGGCUGACAAGUCACAGAGUGACUCUUUGGAAAUUGAGCAGUUUGUUCACUUCUAUAAAAUCCUGACCCAGAGAAAUGAGGUAUGGAAGGUCUUCCAGGAUUAUUCUGGAGAUGGAGAGAAGUUGAUGCUGGAUGAGCUGGAAAAUUUCCUAAGAACAGAGCAGCAGGAGGAAGAGCAAAGCACCCAGCAUGCCAAGCAGCUGAUUGAAAGCUAUGAACCAUCUGAGACAGUCAAGAAGCAAGGUGCCAUGUCCUUGGAGGGCUUCCAGAUGUACCUGUGUUCACAGGAUGGCUCCAUAUUCAAGCCGGGGCUCCUGGAACUUUAUCAGGACAUGAGCCAGCCGCUCAGUCACUACUUCAUCUCCUCUUCACACAACACUUAUCUCCUGGAGGAUCAGCUGCGGGGACAGAGCAGCUUGGAGGCAUACAUCCAGGCUCUGAAAAGAGGCUGCCGCUGUGUAGAGGUGGACUGCUGGGACGGCAGUGACGGGGAGCCUGUUGUGUAUCACGGCCACACACUGACCUCAAAAAUCCUCUUCAAAGAUGUCAUUUCAACAAUCAAAGAAUAUGGGUUCAGAGCUUCAGACUUUCCUAUCAUUGUUUCCCUUGAGAAUCACUGUGGUUUGGAGCAGCAGACGCUCAUGGCCCAGCAUCUUACCCAGAUCCUGGGUGACUUGCUACAGACCAGCACUCUGGAUGGACAGGUUCCUCAACAGCUCCCCUCCCCUCAGGAACUUAAAGGGAAGAUUUUGCUAAAAGCCAAGAAGAUCGGAGGCCUCGAAAAAUGUGUGGAUGAAACUCUGACAGAUGAAGUUAGUGAUGAAGAAGAAAUGGCCAAUGGUGAUGAAGAGAGUCCUACUGAGGAACCACAAGCUGAGAAGAAGAACAAGAAAUCUAAACUUUCCAGGGAGCUUUCAGACUUGGUGGUUUACUGCAAGAGUGUGCACUUCCAUGGAUUCGAGCAUGCCCACUGUCAUGCAAAGUGUUACGAGAUGUCCUCAUUCUCUGAAUCCAAAGCAAAAAAGCUUGGCAAGGAAGCAGGGACAGAAUUUGUGCAGUACAAUACACGACAAUUGAGCAGGACCUAUCCCAGCGGCCUGAGGACGGACUCCUCCAACUAUAAUCCACAGGAUAUGUGGAAUGUGGGUUGCCAAAUAGUGGCUCUGAACUUCCAGACAGCCGGUCUGGAAAUGGAUCUGAAUGAUGGGCUCUUUAAGCAAAACGGCGGCUGUGGUUACAUCCUGAAGCCGGAUUUCAUGAGAGAUGGCAACACUCAGUUCUGUCCUGAGAAGCCUGAGGAGCGUCGAGACUAUAAACCACGUCGUUUAUCUAUACAGGUAAUAAGUGGGCAGCAGCUACCAAAAGUGAAUCAGAAAGAGGGAUCUAUUGUAGACCCACUGGUGAGAGUGGAGAUUUAUGGCGUACCACAGGACCAAGCCAAGGAGGAGACCAGCCAUAUUAACAACAAUGGUUUUAACCCAGUGUGGAAUGCAACUUUAAAUUUUGUCAUCCAUACCCCUGAACUGGCACUGGUUCGUUUUGUGGUGGAGGACUAUGACAAGGCCUCCAGAAAUGACUUUAUUGGACAGUUCACUCUUCCCUUCACUUGCAUCCAACCAGGAUAUCGUCACAUACAUCUGCUAUCUAAAGAUGGAAUGGCUAUUCCCCCCUCUUCACUCUUUGUUAACAUCAGUAUUUCAGACUAUGAAUAAAGAAAAGGGUCAGAGGA